CGACCACCUACCUAUAUCACUCCCUGGCUCGCGUUGCCUUUGCAUCCCCUUAUUUCUCAACAUGCACGCUGCCCUCCGUACGGCUGAGCUCCGCGCUAUCAUCUUCAAGCAGCUUCCCCCGCGGCCUCUCGCCGCUCUCGCCAGCACAUGCAAGGAAUUCUCGACGGCAGCCUUGGAGACUCUAUGGCACGAGCUGAACGACCUGAGACCGAUCUUGAUGCUCUUACCGCAGUCGGUGCUCGAAGACACGAGCUCGCUACAUAUCUCACCUGGAGACGUGGACCGCAUCCGCUACUACGGCCCGUUCGUCCGUCGUCUUACUGUGGGGUCCGAGCCGUACUUCCUCACUCCCGAGGGCCUGGGGCGAAUCAUCAUUGCACUGGGCGGGGACGCCCUCUUUCCCAAACUGACACAUCUCCAGUAUCAUGGUCCAUCGGCGUAUGCGCCUCACUUGUACGAUCUCAUCUCGCCGACGCUUCUUCGCCUGGCUGUUCAGAUCAGUGUCUCUGAUGCGUCAGACGCAGACGAACACUUAGGGACGGAGAUCACCACUCUGCUUGCGCCGAAGACACGAAAGCUUCGCAACGUCAAAGAGUUCUCCCUCACGAUAGACCGGAAAGUCGCCCUGCUGCCUGUUACGAACAUACUGGCUGGCUGGAACGGCCUGCAGAUGUUGUCAUUAACGGGACAGAUCAAGAGGGAUGUGUUGGACGCUGUGAUAAGGUUACCAGAGUUACGCUCUCUCGCGUUGCACUGCCAUACCGAAGACAGCCUACCCAAACUCAACUAUACGCUCGACAAGUCACUCGAACUCCCUCUGAGGCAUCUGAACAUGUGCGUCUAUAGCUUCGUUUCCGCCUCGAACUUUCCUGGAUCACUCCCUGGAGGGACACGCCUCGAGUUGUCCAAGCUACACGUUGAAGGCUACUACGACGCAUGCGAACUCGAGCAAUUCUGCCGGAUUAUCCCGCCGUUUUCUCUUCCCGAUCCCCCCAUCACCCUCGACGACUUUGCGCCUCUGCUUGCAUUCAAUCAGCUCUGUAACCUCACUAUAACGGUGCCCACGACGCUGGACAUCGCCGACAACGACCUCCGUGCUAUGGCGCAGGCCUGGCCGCAUAUUCGGACACUGCGUCUGCGGGGCACACUCCCUAGCACGACACGUUGCACGCUCGAGGGUCUCGUCCAUCUCGCGCGGAACUGCAAGCGCUUGGAGCUUAUCACGAUCGCAUUGAGCUCCAGUACCGUCGCCAUUCCCCGCGCAAGGCCGGACGAUGCCCAUCACGCUCUUCACGACCUCGACGUGCUCAACUCGCCCAUCGAUCCUGGCGAAGUAACCGCGGCUGCUGUAUUCCUCGCGAUGCAUUUCCCUCAGCUCCGCCGCAUAGUCGCAUGUCCGCCACAUGAGAUCGGCGACGCGGCAUACGAACGCAGCUGGGACGCAGUGAUGGAGUCCAUCCCCACACUUGUCAGCUAUGCCAGGAUCUGCUCAACAUAG